UAUAGGUUAGGUGGACGACCGAUACGCGCGCGCAUGUGUGUGUGCGUGUGCAUGACUUUUUUUUAUGCUGUGCAAGCGCGAUGUAAUUGGCGGGGAUGAAGUAUGUACAAAUUAAUUUGGCGGCGAAAUUGAAAAAAAAUCGGAAUGUCCGCGAAUGUUUCCCCAAUUGCGCGACUCCGAUAUUGACGGAUAGAGGUUUGCGACACGCUCGGGAAGGAGAGCCUCUUUCGGCUUCUUUCUAAUUUUGCUUCUUGUCACAUAGAAAAAUGGAAAGAUAAGAACUUACGAAACAUUACUAACCCAUCUGUAUGCCGGUAAAUUCUUGAAUAUAUGAAUAUAUAUAUAUAUAUAUUUACGAUGCAUUACACGUUUUGAUGCUGUGAGGUUAGCUCGAGUGCAUGUCGGUGAAAAUGUCGAGCGUUAUCGCAAGGCCGCGUUUCAGCGGGUAUUUAAAAUCCCUUCAGCAUCUGUGGCAACGGCAGUACAGUACGAUAAUCGACUUGACUAAGACUAAGCAAGAGAACUUGGAAGCUAGACAGAGAGAAGUCAUGGCGCGCGGUCUUCCGAAACGGAAACAUAUAAAAGGUGUUAAACAAAUUUUCUUGAUUGCUUCUGGUAAGGGUGGAGUUGGAAAGUCAACAACGGCUGUGAAUUUGGCAACUGCUCUAAAAAUUAUUGAGCCCAGCAAGUCUAUUGGAUUGCUGGAUGCCGACGUUUUUGGACCCUCAGUACCCCUGAUGAUGAACAUCCACGAAUCACCUGCACUGAAUCGAGAGAACCUCAUGGAACCUCUUGUAAAUUAUGGUGUGAAAUGUAUGUCUAUGGGAUUUUUAAUUGAUGAGAAAUCACCAGUAGUCUGGAGGGGACUCAUGGUGAUGAAUGCAUUGAACAAGUUGGUAAAUCAGGUGGCAUGGGGACCACUUGAUUAUCUCGUGAUCGACACUCCUCCUGGGACAGGGGACACACAUCUUUCCCUGAUCCAGACACUUUUUAUCACUGGUGUGUUAUUGGUGACAACACCACAGAAAGUCGCGCUGGAGGUAACCAGGAGAGGUGCAAAUAUGUUCAAGAAAUUGAACAUUCCCGUCGCCGGUAUCGUGGAGAAUAUGAGCAGUGUUACAUGCCCAAAAUGCAUGACAGAGGUGCCUCUUUUCGGCAAUGCCACGCUCUCGCUAGUAAAAGAACUUGAUGUGGAUAUUUUACAGAAGGUACCAAUGCACGAGAGUAUCUCUAAAAGUUCGGAUAGUGGUAAACCGAUUGUCCUGACAGCACCGAAGAGCAGACAAGCAGAGACUUAUAGGGAAUUGGCAGAAAAUGUUGUUACAUUUUUAAACAAGCAGGAAAUAAAUACAGAGUGAUCAAAUAGAUUUUAAA